AUGUCGGUCAUCUACCGGCAGUUCAAACCAAUCGACAUACACGGCUUCACGAAAAUAAACUCGGAUCCAAUGGUCGAGGCGUACAAUAUCGGUUUCUACUUUCAAUACUGGAGCCGCUGGAAGGAGUAUUUUCUGGUGGCGACGACCCUAAAUGGCGAGAUCGCUGCCUUUAUUAUGGGUAAAGACGAGGGCUUGGAAACCGAUCAUCAUGGCCACGUCACCGCGAUCACCGUCCGGCAUGAUUAUCGAAAGAGGGGUAUCGCCAGGCAAUUGAUGCAAUAUUUUGAGGAGACCAGCAUCGAAAAGGGCUGCUACUUUGUGGAUUUAUUCGUGCGCAAAUCGAAUACGGCCGCUAUUCGAUUGUACGAGAAGCUCGGAUACGUGGUUUAUCGCGAGAUCAAGAACUACUAUAGCGGCAAGAACCCCGAGAAUGCUUAUGAAAUGCGCAAGGCCCUGCCGCGCGAUGCCGACAAGAAAAGCGUGGUCCCGAUAGCCGGAAUCGUGGAUGUUUCAAGCCUGAAUGAA